UACGUUCUUGGUGAGUGGAGGAUGUCAACUCGGAUUCUUUUGCAAUUGUAGUAUUCGGGUUUAGCCGUGGUGCGCCGGGCACAGAUCCGACUUCAUCGGACGGUCCCUGAGGAGGUUGUUGUAACUGAAGAAGGCAGACAGCUACCUGUAAAGAACUAGAAUGCUGAGUAUGUGGAAGAUGCGGGAGUUGGUGGACAAGGCCACCAAUGUUGUCAUGAAUUAUUCAGAGAUUGAAUCCAAAGUUAGAGAAGCUACAAAUGAUGAUCCUUGGGGACCUUCAGGACAGCUUAUGGGGGAGAUCGCAAAAGCAACAUUUAUGUAUGAACAGUUUCCAGAACUUAUGAACAUGCUGUGGACACGUAUGCUGAAGGACAAUAAAAAGAACUGGAGGAGAGUAUAUAAGUCUCUGCUGCUUUCGGCUUACCUCAUAAGGAAUGGGUCUGAACGUGUUGUUACAAGUGCCAGAGAACAUAUAUAUGAUUUGCGAUCACUGGAAAGUUACCAUUUUGUAGAUGAAAAUGGAAAAGACCAGGGAGUGAAUGUAAGGCAGAAAGUUAAGGAAAUGGUAGAGUUUAUCCAAGAUGAUGACCGGCUCCGAGAAGAGAGAAAGAAAGCAAAAAAGAAUAAAGACAAAUACAUUGGGGUAUCUUCUGAAACUCAAGGGGGUUACAGAUACAGUGACAAGUAUGAUCCUGAGCCUAGAUCAAAGUGGGAUGAAGACUGGGAUAAAGGUCGGAGUUCAUUUGGAAUAGGUGAAAAACUAGGUGAAAUAGGUGAUAAAAUUGGAAGUACAAUUGAUGAUACUAUCAACAAAUUCCGAAAAAAAGACAGAGAUACUUCACCAGACAGAUACAGUGACAGUGAUGAGGAAAAGAAGGAAAGAAGGGCAAAGGCAGCAGGAUCUGAAUUUAAAGAUGAGGAAGAGACAGUGACAACAAAACAUAUACACAUCACUCAGGCAACAGAAACGACAACAACUCGGCAUAAACGGACAGCAAAUCCUUCAAAGGUUAUUGACCUAGGAGCUGCUGCACACUAUAAAGGAGAUGAUGCAAAACCAGAACCAAAUUCUGAUGAAAAGUCAUCUGUAGCAAAGGUUUCAGCAACAACCAACAGUAAGUCUCCUAGUGACCUUGUUGAUCUCUUGUUUGAUGGACAAGAUCAUUCACAUUUAACAGGUACAACAAGUGGAACUGCAGAGUUCGGUGACUGGAAUGCAUUUAGCCAAUCACCAGCUGCUUUUAAUCAAGCUUCAGCUGUGCCCAGUGGUGAUCUCUUUGCAAGUUCACAAAUUGCACCUACAGUACCACAAACUGCUUCAUUUAAUUCAGACUUCUUUGACCUCAUGAACCCUUCACAGACGAGUAUGACAUCUUCACAAAGCAUGAAUUUUGCAAUGUCAAGCACUAGUACUGUGGGUACUAGUUUACCUAUGUCACGAUCACAGCCCUUACAGAGUAUAAAUACUCCAGUACAGAAACCAAAUCAGACUCCAAUGCAAAGUAUAGACAUGGGUCAGAAGGUGAACAGUAAAUCCCAAAUGCCAUCUACCUGGUCAGAUCCUAGUGUAAAUAUAAACCUUGAUAAUCUAAUGCCUGGAAUGCAGACUUCCAAACCGCAACAGCCCUCACUUAAUACAAUGAUGCAACAACAAAGUUUGCAACAAACUACGACGAACAUGAUGUCACAGAAUUUUGCAAACAUGAAUAUUGCCUCACAACCAAAUAUUAUGCCUGUUCGACCUCAGAUGAACAUGAUAGGAACAAAUUUGCCUGGUGGUAUGCCUGUGAUGACAAGUCCUGUUGGUAUCAGCCCUAUGGGCCCCAGUCCUAUGAUGAAUCCAGGAAUGAUGGGAUUAAAUAUGAGUAUGGGAAUGCCAGCUGCUGGAAUGAACAUGACAGUGGGACUAGGGAUGCCAGCUAUGGCUGUGAGUCCUGGAAUGGCACAUGCCAAGCAAGAUGCCUUUGCAAACUUUGCCAGCUUCAGCAAGUGAAAAUUGUGGUUAAUCUGCAUCAUAAAUGAAGGAUUACUGAGCUGCACAAAUAAUAUAUGAGGAGAAAUAAUCAAUGGUAGUGCUUCAUCUUUUAUAGAUUGAUUUACAGGCAAAACUGAAACAAGAAUUUGUAAAGGGUCAGUCAGUAUCUUGCACUUGAAAGAGAAUGUUUUUGUGAAAGAAUAAUCUUUCAUAUCAAAAAUUACUGAAAUAAAUUUUUGUACUUGCUUCAUGUUUCCAAAAAAGACAUGCAGGGGUUGUGGUAAUAUUGGACUGUGGACAGAGAUAAGUCCAUAUUGCCCCACCCCCACACUAGUAGUCUUUCUGUCUUGCGCGUGCACCCUCACACACACAUUUUCCCCUUCAUUUUUUAAUACAUUAUAUAUAGCUAUUUAUGUGUGUGUGUGUGUGUAUGUGUGUGUAUAUAUAUAUAUAUAUAUAUAUAUAUAUAUAUAUAUAUAUAUAUAUAUAUGCACACGCAUUUCCCUUCACUGUUUUUUAGCACAGUUUACUGCAUUUCAUUAACUUCUUGAUACUAUCAAUACAUUCAUAAGCCUUUAGACAAUGUUGUGACUAUAAAUAUUUUUGCUCUGGAGUAACAGACAAAAUUGCACACAUAUGUGUGAUUACAAUUUGUUUACAGGUAGCAGCACAUUUUACUAGUACUUGGAAUGAUUGUGUUUUCAAGUAGUCCAGUUCAGGUUCUUAAAAAUUUUUCCAUUUUAGAUUUUUAAAAAAGUGGUGAUGCAGCAUCUUUCCUCCCACCACUUCAGCUGUAAUCACCUUUACGUACAAUGAUUACUAAAGAAAAGAUGAUUUAAUUAGUUGAACUUGCUUGUUUUUGACUUUGGCUUUACUGAUGAAAGACCUGAGCUUUGGCCCUAAUGACUUGUGUGCCAUCCGUCCAGAAAUGUUCUAUUCUUGUAAUCAGUUGGUUAUAAUUUAGAAGCACUCAAAAAGCAAAUAUUUUUUUCAUAUUACUUCAAUGACCAAAAUGAACUUUAAUGUAAAAAAAAUUAAACCAGUGGUUGUAUUAAGAGCUCUGGUAAACGAUCAACAUUGUCUUCUACUUUUUAUACCAAAUCUGCUCAUUUUCUAUGUACAUAUGUAACUUUGGGCUUGGCUAGCUGUCAUGGAAACUUGCAAAAAAUCUCUUUGGAGAUGUGGAUGACCUCUUAAGUUUCCAGAUGACAAUAUUUUAUUAGUUCCUUAUAAAUAAAAUCUAAACAAAUUUAUUACUUUUCUGUGACAGACCAUUAAAGAGGCUUGAUCUAAAUUUUCAGUCAUGAUACCAGAGCUCUGUUAAGAAGCCAUGGUUGUGGGCUGGGAAUACUACUAAAGAGUAAACACUAUAUUAUAGUUAUUAAAUAAUUGCCUCCCCUUCUUAUGAUGGAUUUUUUUAUUAAAUCUAUAAUCGUUUGAUUGUGUUCUUAAUUAUCUGUUAUACAUAACAUUAAAAUGUUUAAUAAGCUCA